CAUGUUCGCCCGCCCCCAUCCCCGGUCCCGCCACCGCCUACUCCCAACCACCCAACCGUCAUUAUCGUCGUGAUUGUCUCCAUGGGCGGCCUUUUGUGUCUUUCAAUGCUCGCAUUCGCGCUGUUUUGCUGGGUUCAGAAGCGGAAGAAGAAAACUGAAGAAACCGACAUCAUUCACAUCGAUGAGCAUAAAAAGAUCAAGGAAACCAUUGUUCCUGGCCCUUUUGGAACGCAGACAGUAGUGAUAUCAGUUGAAGAUGAUGUUCAUAUCGACGAAGAAAUCAAGAAGAAAACAGAGGAAGGUGGUCAUCAUCAUCACGGUUUGCAUGUUGAACCAUCUUCGUCAUCAACUGAUCAAGGAAAUUCAAGAAGCGCUGAUGAUGAGGUGGGAAUAUCUAAACUACUUCAUCACCAUCAACAAAAGCACGAUAAUGAUAAUGCAUGAUGAGAACAGGAACAAGCCGUGAUUGAAAUAUUUAUAUGCAUGCGUACGUGUAUAUUCCCCCGGCCCCCAUUAUUGAAUUGUCUUCGUCCAAACAAUAAUUCCUCUAAUAUCUUAUUAAUUCACCAAAAUUACUUCAACGAAUAAAUAUUUUAAUUUGAAUCAUGUUUCUUUUAA